CUAUAAAUUUUGCAAAACGGGCAACAGGAAAAUGCAUUGCUGCAGAACAAGCAAUUAAAACAGUGAACGCCCAAGCUCAGACAGAGACGGAAGCUGAGAAGAAGGUGCAGCAAAGAUACAUACAGAGAGUGUGUGUAAGAGAGAGAGAGAGGGAGAGCAAGUGCACUGGGCAAGUGUCGACUGCUUGGACCUGUCCCUGAACGCUGUGUGCUAAAAACCUAUUUUGAAUAAUUAAAAUUGUGUAAGUGUUGCUGCUGCUGUUGCAGCAGUUGCAACUUUUGCAACAACAACAACAACAACAACAAUAACAACAACAAUGAUAUAAUUAAUUCAAUGCACCUGAAUACGGCAGCUUACAAACGAAACUCUUUCAAAUCCAAUUGAGUGCAACAGCCGCAAGAGCAACAACCAACAACCACAAGCAGUGAAACAGUAGAAGCAGAACAACAACAACAACAGCAACAACAACAACAACAUUAACAGCAACAACAACUUGAGACAGCUUUAAAAUGGCCGCAAUUAGCCAAUGCAAAGACAAGCGAAGACACAUCCGCAACAGGACACAUCUGGCUGAGGUCCUGCGCCGCACUCUGCCCAUUGGCAUCAUCGUCGCCCUGCUGCUCACACAGCACUGGGAGAGCGCCAGCGCCCAGGGUCUGAUGGCCAAGCACGAGCCGAUGUUCAUAUCACGUUCCGAGACAUUCAAAUUCAUAGCCGGAGAUAUAAUAGUUUUGCCCUGUGAGGUGGCCAAUACGGAGCCGUAUGUGGUUGCCUGGAAGCGUGGCAUUGCCAUCCUGACGGCUGGCUCCGUUAAAGUGACGCCCGAUCCGCGCGUUCGCCUCGUCAGCGGCUUCAAUCUCCAGAUCCGCGACGCCGUGCCACAGGACGCCGGCGAUUACAUUUGCCAAAUUGCAACGAUGGAGCCACGCGAAAUUACGCACACCGUCGAGAUAUUGGUGCCACCGAGGAUUCAUCACAUUAGCACCGGCGGACAUUUGCAAGUCAAAAAAGGUUCAUCAGUGCGCAUUGAGUGCUCGGCCUCUGGUAAUCCAACGCCAAAUGUGACUUGGAGCCGCAAGAAUAAUAUUUUGCCCAAUGGCGAGGAGAAGCUCCACUCGCACGUCCUGUCCAUCGAGAAUGUGGAUCGUCAUAAGGGCGGCGUCUACAUAUGCACCGCAAACAAUGGCGUUGGCCAGCCCGCAUCCAGCCAGGUCGUUCUGCACGUCCUUUAUCCGCCUGAAAUCUCCGUGGAGCGCCCCGUUGUCUUCUCGGGCGAGGGGCACGAGGCGAUGCUGGUCUGCAUCGUGCAUGGCGAAACACAGCCUGAGGUAAUUUGGUUCAAAGACACCAUGCAAUUGGACACCACCGAGCGGCACAUCAUGGAGAAUCGCGGCUCACGUCACACGCUGAUUAUACGCAAAGUGCAUCCGCAGGACUUUGGCAACUAUUCCUGCGUGGCCGAGAAUCAGCUUGGCAAGUCACGCAAAACUCUGCAGCUGAGCGGAAAACCGAAUGUUGCCGUUUUUAAUUCACCGGCAAUCAGUCAGUACAAGGACAGAUACAACAUCUCAUGGACAGUCGACUCGCACACACCCAUCGAGGAGUACAAGUUGUCCUUCCGCAAGCUGCCACAAGGACAUGAGGUCGUUGACAAUGCCAUUGACUCGCAAUCCUCAUCGUCAUCGUCCUCGUCCUCCUCCUCCUCCUUGUCCUCGUCUUACGGCAGCAGCAGCCACAAUCAUCGCAUCGCCAACAACUUGGCCAACUACGGCGGCUAUGGCAAUCUGAUGCGCUGGGGCCACAACGAUUGGCGCGAUGUGGUGCUGCCCGCCUUCCCCCUGUCGCACCACUACUCCCAGGGCAUGAGCUACAUGGUGCGCGGCCUGGAUCCCGAUCAGCAGUACGAGGCCACAGUGCAGUCCCGGAAUCGCUAUGGCUGGAGCGACUUGACCAACAGCUUCUUCUUCUCCACAUCAUCGAAUGAUGUUCUUGUCGAUUUGUCCACAUUCUUAAAUCACGGUCAGUCAGAUAACGAGAUGCGAGAUCUGAGCGUGACCUUCUAUGGCAGCGGAGCGGUGAAUCGGCAGCAACUGAGUCUGGUCACACUGAGCGGCGUUACGCUUAUGCUGAAACUGAUUCUCGCCUAGAUCUGAGCGGAGCAAUUGGCUCGCACUCUUUGGAUUUAAGUAACGAAUUUCACCGCCAAUAGCAUUACUGAAAUGGAACGGGUUCACUUCAUUUGUUUGGCAGGCAUGAAAGUG